UUGUUCCAUCCUUUAUAUUUAAAAAAAUUUAUAUUUCUUACAUAAUUCAUGCCAUGUUUUGGGUAAAUACGAAAACUCAAUCAAGGCAAUGACUCACAAAUUAGUAAAUAUUUCACUUUUAUAUCUAACUUUUACCUAUAAUACACUUGGGACAGGUGUGCUUGCAAGCUGGAAAGUAACAAAAUGUGCUUCACUGAUUGUGCCAAAUAAUAAUGAUAUAAGUUCAUCGACAGAAUCAAUUCUCGAUAUUUAUGAAGGGAAAGAAAAUAUCCCGGCUAUUUACAGCGAUUUGGAAGAAAAGAUAAAAAGUGCAAAGGCAAAAAUAUGGGAGGCGUCGUGCAACGUUACAAUUUGUGGGUGGGAUGGUUCUUUUGGUCAAAAAUGUACCAAAUUAAUUGAUGGGGAGAAUAAUUUGGUACAGGAUCAGAAAAAUUAUUUAAUUGGUGAAACCAAUUGCGAAUGUGGUAAAAGUGGAAACCCAUUCUGCUCAGGCCGUUACUUUGGAUGUAUUCACCGUCCUAUGAUAAAUCCAAGGGUUUGUGCGAUACUAUUUUUUGAAAAUAAUUGUACGGAUUGCACUUCCCACGGUAUCUCCAUUGGAUUCAAACAAAGGCAGAGGAUGACGGAUGAAUUUUCGGCAAGAAUAAACUCAAUUAGGAUUAGACAAGGGUGCCAACUCAUUGCUGUGACUGAGAAUGAAGAAAAUCAUGAAAUUGGGAGACGUUAUUUUCAUCAAUCGGAGGCUAGUGUGAAGGUUUGGUAGUUUGGUUUUGGAAAUUUGUAAUUAGAGUAAUAACGUAUAGCUCGGUGUAGCUUGGUACAGCUCGUAUAGAUUGUGUAGUUGGUGAGAUUUGACAAAAAAUAGCCUGAAUCAAUGGGGUUUUUGUUUGCUGAUUUACACAAGAAAUGAGAAUAUAUUUAUUUUUCAAGAUUAUUUUGCGAUUGGAAUUUAUUUAGCAAAAUACUGUUACAAAAUACAUACAUGUAUGACUAUU